GGCUCAUGUGAUAACGAACAUAAUUCUUCUUUACUUUGCUUAUCAGUUUUAACAAACGUUUAGCAAAAGGAACGUUAAUUUUUCACAUAAAAAGACUUUCUAAAGGUUCACAGUCACAUUUCGUUUUAUUCGUUCGUUGCGGGAAAAAAUAACUGAAGCCAUGAGCCAGAUCGCUGACGAAAAUCUUGUGCAUCAAUAUGAAGAAUUGGACCCAAGUGCUAAAGAACUAAUCCAAGCCGCCAUCAAGGUUCGUAACAAAGCAUACGCAGUCUACAGUAACUUUCAAGUCGGUUCGGCUCUCCGCACCACAACUGGCGAAAUAUUCACCGGAUGUAAUGUAGAAAAUGGUGCAUAUAGUCCGAGUGUAUGCGCUGAACGAACAGCGAUAUGUAAAGCAGUGAGCGAAGGCCAUCGUGAAAUUGCUGCUAUUGCCGUGGUAGCGUACCAGGAGCAUUCGUUUACCACACCGUGUGGAGUGUGUCGACAAUUCAUUAGCGAAUUCACCACCAAAGAUAUUCCCGUUUAUGUGGCGAAACCAGCACCGGCUCUAGUACUGGUCACUUCAAUUCAUCAGUUAUUGCCGUUGACUUUUGUGCCGGUUUUUUAGUCAAUUAUAGUCGUAUUUAUUGAGUGAAAUAGUAAGUUAUGCAAAUAGUUGUGAAAAGUGGUGGUUUUUGUCACUAGAUAUGAUAUUAUCAAGUGAACGUAACGAGUUUGGUAACAACAUCGUUGAUUUUACAAAAUACUUGGUGGACUUGGUGUUACCAAAAGUUAAUUCAAAAAUGAAAUUGAUGUGUUUACGGUUCGUUUGUAUUGAUUGCUGGACAAUUCUAUAAUAUGCUAGUUUGUAAAUUUUACAAUUUGCUGGUAACAGAACAUUUUGCUGCCAUUUCAGUUGGUAAAUUUUACCAAUUUUCUGUAAUGGUUACGAAUUUUCGUUUUUUUCGUAACCAUUAGGGAUCGUUCGUAAAGUAUGUCACGCGUGAUUGCUAUUGUAAUAUCUUUCUAAUAAAUUCUUAGCCAUAUCUUGCAUUCCUUUCGCACGCGUGACAUACUUUACGAACGAUCCCUUGCAAAUUUUCUGUAAUGUUUACGAAUUUUCGAUUUUUUACAUUUUUGUUGGGACAUUAGGAACAUUGUUUACCAACUAGGAUUGAUAAACAUUAAGAGUUUUCUUGUAAAUCCUAGUUGGUAAACAAUUUUCCUAACAAAAAUUUAAAAAAAAUCGAAAAUUCGUAAACAUUACAGAAAGUUUGCAAGGGAUCGUU